UCGACUCGGCCGCUUGCAAACGGAAAUAAUGACGCAGGGAAUGAAAACGCAUAGUAAAACCAGAGAUUGUAAAACUGAGAGGUUUGUGGGAUUUUAAGUGAAGUUUAAUCUUAGGUAUUUAUUUGAAAGUCACCGACGAAUGAAAGUUGAAUUAAACAGUGAAUACUCAGGGUGAUAGUCGUUUCUGUAAUCCGCUGUAGACAAGAAAAUACAUUCGUCAGAACUUUUAUGAGCAGGUAAUUCUACUCCUUCACAAUGUCAGACUUUGGGCCAAUAACUCUAAAAUGGGACCCAAAGAAUCUCGAAAUUCGUACAAUGUCAGUAGAGAAAACCCUCGAGCCCCUUGUCCUACAAGUAACGACCCUCGUCAACACUAAGGGCCCGAGCAAGAAAAAAAAAGGAAAGUCAAAACGAGCGAGUGCUUUAGUAGGGACUGUAGAAAAAGCUACAACAAAUUUCAUAGAGAAGGGCGAACAAAUCGCCUACGAGAAUCCGGACAUAACAGCUGAGAUGCUGUGUGCUGUGGAGGAAGUGAAAAAAACGGGUGCAGCAAUGAGUAUCGCUGCAAGGGAGUUCUCAGAGGAUCCUUGCUCUUCCUUGAAACGUGGAAACAUGGUGAGAGCAGCGAGGAAUCUUUUAUCAGCUGUCACACGCUUGUUGAUCUUAGCAGAUAUGGUUGACGUGCACCUGCUAUUAAAGUCUCUUCACAUCGUGGAAGACGAUUUAAAGAAGCUGAAAAACGCAUCCUCUCAGGGAGAGCUUCUAGAGAAUAUCAAACAGUUCGGGAGGAAUGCCUCGGAACUGAUGAAUCAAGCAGCAAAGCGUCAGCAGGAGUUGAAGGAUCCACAGCUUCGCGAUGAUCUAGCAGCUGCUCGUGCUGUCCUUAAAAAACACUCGACAAUGCUCUUGACAGCUUCCAAGGUCUACGUGCGUCACCCGGAGUUAGCAGCAGCCAAAGCAAAUCGUGAUUAUGUUCUUAAGCAAGUCUGCGAAGCUGUUAAUACAAUUAAUGACGUCGCCCAGGGCAAGGUUCCAGCUGAUGGACAACAUCCUUAUGAUGGCCCUGGAGAACUUGCUGCGGCUCUUGAUGACUUUGAUGAGCGAAUGGUUAUGUCACCAUUGGCUUACAAUGAAGUUCGUACUCGACCUAGCCUUGAAGAACGUCUUGAAAGUAUUAUCAGUGGAGCCGCACUCAUGGCUGACUCAUCCUGUACACGGGAUGAACGACGUGAACGAAUUGUUGCUGAGUGCAAUGCUGUCAGGCAGGCGCUUCAGGAUCUGCUCAGCGAGUACAUGAAUAACAUGGGUGUAAAGGAGCAGUCGGAGGGUCUCGAACGCGCAAUUGACCACAUGUGUAAGAAAACCAGUGAUCUUCGACGUCAGUUGCGUAAGGCGGUGGUGGACCAUGUCUCGGACAGCUUUCUGGAAACGUCCGUCCCCCUGUUAAUUCUCAUAAAAGCUGCUGAGAAGGGCAACGACGAGGAAGUAGAAGAAUAUGCCCUGGUGUUUACCGAGCAUGCGAACAAGCUCGUUGAAGUAGCUAACCUGGUGUGCAGCAUGUCAGCCAACGAAGACGGUGUUAAGAUGGUGCGUUACGCUGCAGCGCAGAUCGAAAAUCUUUGCCCUCAAGUGAUCAAUGCCGCCCGAGUUCUAGCAGUGCGUCCUCGGUCGCAACUCGCUAUGGAGAAUAUGCAGGUGUUCCGUCAGGCCUGGGAGAAUCAGGUUCGCGUGUUAACAGAAGCAGUCGACGACAUCACGACUAUAGAUGACUUUUUGGGUGUUUCCGAGAACCACAUUCUCGAAGAUGUCAAUAAGUGUGUGAUGGCUCUACAGGAAGGCGAUGCCGAUACCCUCGACAGGACAGCUGGUGCCAUUCGUGGGCGUUCCUCAAGAGUCUGCAAUGUCGUGCAGGCAGAAAUGGACAACUAUGAGCCUUGCAUUUAUACAAAGCGAGUGCUUGAAGCUGUCAAAGUUCUUCGUGAACAAGUCAUGCCUAAAUUUGCGCAGAGAGUUAAAGUAGCUGUUGAUGCAUUGAGUAGCAAUCCAGCUAAAGAUGUCAAUGAAAAUGACUUCAUCGAUGCUUCCAGACUGGUUUACGAUGGAGUGCGAGAAAUUCGUCGUGCCGUCCUCAUGAAUCGAGCUGAUGAGGACCUAGAUCCUGAGGACGUCGAGCUCGACGAGCAGUACACUCUUGAAACAAGGAGCAAGUCCAGUGCGCAGACAGGAGAGCAUGGAGUCGAUGAGUAUCCUGAGAUCAGCGGCAUCACCACAGCGCGUGAGGCCAUGAGGAAGAUGACGGAGGAGGAUAAGCAGAAGAUUUUACAGCAGGUUGAAAACUUCAGGAAUGAAAAACUUAAGUUUGAUAGAGAGGUGGCCAAGUGGGAUGAUGCUGGUAAUGAUAUCAUUGUUCUGGCUAAGCACAUGUGCAUGAUUAUGAUGGAGAUGACUGAUUUCACAAGGGGACGCGGACCUCUUAAAACUACGAUGGAUGUCAUUACUGCUGCCAAAAAGAUUUCCGAAGCUGGAACCAAGCUGGACAAGCUGACGAGGCAGAUUGCUGAUCAGUGUCCUGAGAGCUCGACCAAGAAAGACCUAAUAGCUUAUCUGCAGAGAAUUGCAUUGUACUGCCACCAAAUGAAUAUUACGAGCAAAGUGAAAGCUGACGUACAAAACAUCAGUGGAGAGCUGAUUGUUUCUGGAUUAGAUUCGGCUACAUCGUUGAUUCAAGCUGCUAAGAAUCUUAUGAAUGCUGUCGUACUUACGGUCAAGGCUUCCUAUGUUGCUUCCACCAAGUAUCCAAGACAGUCCACUGUCACGUCUCCAAUUGUCGUGUGGAAAAUGAAAGCCCCAGAGAAGAAGCCCUUGGUUCGGCCAGAACGACCUGAGGAAGUACGUGCAAAGGUUCGCAAGGGAUCUCAAAAGAAAGUGCAAAAUCCUAUUCACGCACUCUCCGAGUUCCAGAGUCCAACCGAAAGCGUCUAAGUUGGACAAUCCUAUUAAAGAUAUUAGAUAGUAAGGCGAUUAAAAAACAGGCAUUUGUUAUUCCUCUCUCUGCAAUUUACAGAAACAAAGGGAGAGUGAAGGAAUUUUGAAAAAUAUAUUCUAUUGAAUUACAAAUAAAUUCACCCACAUUUUGGAUUUUUUCAUCUUCCAGGAAUUGCUUGUCCAGUAAUUAUCACUGAUUUGUUCAUCCCGUAAUUAUUAAUCGCAACAAGGAAACGAUUACUUUUUUAAGACUAUUUAAACAUUCAACUGAAAAAAUAAGAAAACGAUGAUUAUUAAUGUGUAUAUAACCGCGCAUCAUUUUCAUAUUCAUCGUUUCGACAAAUCUCGACGUAUAUUUGAACAAUCAAUUUUCAAAUUAUAGUGAAUAUUACUUCUGAUCUCAAAAUUUUAUCAGACAUUGGAGAAUUAACGAUAUACAAAAGCAAUCUCAACAAUCAUAAAAAUUUCGAUAAAUUGCACAAUUGCAACAGGCCUAACCGGUUUAUACAAUUUUCUACCAGGUUUUAUAUGAACAUUCGAUUAUGAGGUCAUAAAACAUAUCAUUUUUUUUCUAUCUCAUAAAACUAUUAACAUAACUCACCGUUACAAUAUAUGGAUAUAUUUUUUAUGAUUUACCUUAUUGAUGCUUUCUUGAACAAGUGACGAUGUGAAUAAAUGAAAAUAUUUAAUUUUUAGAUUAAUUGAAUAAAAUAAAUCUCAAUGAGCACGAAUGCUCAAUGUGUUCGUUUCUUUUCUUAUAGGCAUCAUUGUCUACUCGGUAGUAAAAUAUCUUACUUCGCAUUUAACAAUAUAAUUUGAAUUGGCUGAAUUUUAAGGUAAUGUACCAUGAAACGAUACUAUAAACAUAUAUUUGUUAUUGAUAGAUUAUAAGCUGCCAAGUAAUGAAUAAUUUUUCAUUUUUUUCUUCUGUACAUCCGCAAAUAAGUUGAUUUGCUGAUAGUACAUAUAGUACGAGCAUCACAGACUUUUGUUUCAUAAAUUAAAUAUAGUUUAAAUUAAUAAUGUUAAGCGGAUUAUCCAUCAGUUUCGUGACGUAGCUGUAAAUUUCAUUGUAAACUGAAUGUAAUCGAAGUAGUUUCGAAGAAUAAAAUUUUACACAUAA